AUGCCUAUUCGACGUAGUAAGAUAUUAGUAAAAUGGAUCUACGAGAACCAGCACAAGAUGCAGACGCUCCGCCGUUGCAGUUCCACUCUACGGUACAAGGAGCUUGAAGAGAAUGUUCAGGCAUUGGAGCACUUGGCUCCACCCGCGACGGAGGCGGCUCUGCCCACCCACCAACCACGCCCAGAUAUUACACCUGAUGUAUCUUUCAAGUAUGACGACCUGAAGGUUGCGUUGGCGGCGCCUUAUCAAUUGCAAAGGAAACCAGAGGCUGUAGAUUUAGGCUUCGGGAAAUAUUUUACGGAUCAUAUGCUAAAGAUACACUAUCAUAGAGAAUUGGGAGGGUGGCAAAAACCCGAAAUCACGCCAUUUGAAAACUUGACUAUACACCCGGCGGCGAAAGCGUUGCAUUAUGCAGUACAACUGUUCGAAGGAUUAAAAGCGUACCGGGGGGUGGAUGAUAAGAUAAGAUUAUUUCGACCUGAUUUAAACAUGCACAGAAUGAAUUUGGCAGCCAAAAGGUCUGGUCUACCGAUGUUUGAUGGAGAUGAAUUAAUUAAAUGCAUUAAACGGCUGGUCCAAAUCGAUCAGGAGUGGGUUCCGCACUCCGAGACCUCAACCCUGUAUAUUCGACCCACCUUAAUUGGAACUGAGCCCACAUUCGGCAUAGUGGCUCCAGAGUCAGCCAUGUUGUUCGCCAUAUUGAGUCCAGUUAGUGCGUACUAUAAGACAAAUUCAGAUGGAGCUGUAUCGAUUUAUGCCGAUCCCAGUGUUGUGCGAGCAUUCCCAGGUGGUGUAGGCAACAGGAAAGUGGGAUCUAACUAUGGACCGACGAUAGAGGUAACGUCACAUGCUGCCAAAUUGGGUCAUCAACAAGUGUUGUGGUUGUUUGGUCCCAACCAGGAACUGACUGAAGUCGGAGCCAUGAACAUCUUCCUGGUUUAUAUCAAUGAGAACGGAGAAAAACAGCUAAGCACCCCACCCCUAAACGGUUUAAUAUUGCCUGGCGUAACGAGACGGUCUAUAUUGGAACUGGCUAGCCAAUGGGAAGACGUUACAGUCAGAGAGGAAGUCAUCACCAUGGACCGCGUCAUACAACUCAACAAACAAGGACGGUUAGUAGAAAUGUUCGGAGCAGGCACAGCUGUCGUCAUCACACCGAUAAGCAACAUUGGCUACAAGGAGACCAACAUAAACGUACCAACUAUGGAGCAGGAGCACCCUGUGUACCAACGACUCAAGGACACCCUACUGGCGAUCCAGUAUGGGCAUAUAGAACAUCCCUACGCCAAAAUUAUCACGUAG